AUGAGCACCAAAAAGCAUUAAAAUGGGGAUCUGGACAAGCUAAAUAUAAGUUUUACUUUGACGGAUGACUCUGAAAAUAUUGCCAUAAAUCAAAGCGAUUAAAAUGAUAUAAUUUACAACAUAGAUUGUAUUAGCGAUUAAUCUUUACCUCAGUAAAAAUUUUAACAGUUUAUCAACGAGCAAGAAAAUAUUUUUGAAAAACAUAACAUUUCUAGUAUACAUGAAUAACCCUCCACGUAAGAAUCAAAAACUCAUCACUAAACUCAAAUAACUUUUGGUAAAGACCUACCUACUUGCUAAGAGUUAAAUUAAUAAAAGGUUAUUGUAAAUAAUGGAUUAAAUAAAUCUUCUUUUAAGAAUUAUAAACAGUAUGUAGUGAGCUUGGAUAAAUUGUAAGAAGAAUAAUAAAAAAUUAAUAUAAAAAAGUAACCUGACUAUGAAAUAAAUUCCAAUAACAAUUUAACUUAAACGACAAACUAAAAAAAUAACAAAUAGAAUUAUAAUGGAGCAACUAAUAAUUUAAUGAUGAACAACAAUAGCCAGUCAAAUUUAAAAAGUAGUACAACCCAUGAUGAGACUUAAAGUACAAAUAUGAUGACUUGUAUGUUGGAAAAAACGUAAACAGAGACUUUGGAAUUUUUAAAAAAGUAAUUAAUUAUACUUCAGUCUGAAAAUGAAAAGAUGAAUGUUCAACUUAAUGAAAAAGAGCAUACAAUUUAGGAAAUGAAAAAAAGCACUUCUGGCUUGAGGGAUGGGAUUACUAUAAGAGAUUACGAGUAGACUAUUUCAAAACAAGCCAUAGAAUUAAUUUAGCUUAGGUAAAAUAAUGAAUAGCUUUAAAAAGAAAACAAGCAGCUAUAGUAAGAGAUAGUUAAAAAUAAAGCAGAAGGAUUUUAAAAGUAUGAAGACCUUAAAAAAAACAAUGAAGAAUUAUUAGAAGCUUAUGAGGAAAAGUUUUAGUGUUAACUAGAUUUAGUAAAUGAAAAUUGUUAAAAGUAGAUAGCAUCCUUAGAAAGUAAAAUUAAAUAGGAUUAACAAUUGAUUUUAGAUUUAAAAAUAUCUAACGAAAAUUAAUUUAAUAGAAUUUAAUAGCUAGAAAAAGAAAACUAGAAAUUAUAGGUAGAAAAAGAUUCUUUUUUAGAACUAAGCAAUAAAUAUAAAGAGCUUACUGCUUUCUUUGAUGCUCAAAAUAAGCAGUAGGAAGCCAAAUCUUCAUACUAAAAUUCUUAAUUAUAAAAUAUGUAAUAAAAUGAUAUUCAAAAUAAGUUAAAUAUAAAUGAAUAAAAUGAAAUUAAUAGCCAUUUUUUGAAUCAUUAAAGUGCAGUGAAGCUUUACAAAUCAACUAGCAAUCAAAACUAACAAGUAAAUAACUAAAGCUAAUUAACCAAUCAAAAUAAAACUGCAAAUAAUUCAAUUUAAAACAAUAAUUCAUUGUCCUUUAAUGAUCUUUAGAAAGUUUUGUAGAAAUAAGCAUUAAGCUAAGAAUAAAAUGUAAAAUUCAAAGAAUAGAUAAAUUAACAAAUUUAAAAUCUUUAAAAUAAUUAAUCUAAAAUAUUAUCACCUAGGGGUACUGACUAAAGCCCUCAAUAGAGUAGGGAUAGGUAAUAAAUUGCCACUUAAAAUAAAUCUGCUUAUAAACAAUAAAAAUAUUAAUUAGAUAAUCAAGUUAAAUAAGAAGAUUAAAAAAGUUAGAUCACAAAAAAUAGCUUUUCAAUUUAAGGAAAUACAAGUAAUAGUAAAAGCUAAAUAAUUAGAUCAACUAACAAAAGCACAGAUAAUAACCAAAUAAAAACAGAAUAAGAAAACUCUUUUAUUAGCAAUAGCUAAAAGUAAUAAUAAAAAUAAUUUUAGUUGGAAUUAGGAUAAGCCUAAGAAGCAUAAAAGUAAUAGUUAUAUUCUUAUUCUACUUAGACAACUAAAAGAAACCACUAUUUAUAAUAAAAUAUUUCCCAUAGACACUACCCUUCUCAACUGAAUUCUAAUUAGAAUCUUUCGCAUAAUAAGAGCUGUGAAGAUUAUAAUAGUCCAUUGUCUCAUAGGGAAAGUAGUAACUCUAAGAGUAAAAUGGGUUCAAAAUGCAACCAAUCUACCAUAAAUAAUAACAAUAGUUAAUCAAAAUAUAUUGUAAGGAAUUAUUCUAAAAAGGAGUUAAACUCUUCAGGUAACUGCAUGGAUGCUAACUUAUUUUAACAUGAAAUGAUAAAAGAAUACCUUUCACCUUAAAUAAAUUAAACUCAGAAUAAUUACAGAGACAGCAACUACAAAGCAAUUAAUAAAUAUCUUUAACAAAAAAAAAAGAAAGGAAUAAACUCACAAGAACAACACUCAUUUUACAACACCAUUAAUACAAAUUCAAGUUCUAAUUCCCUUUUAAUAGCAUCAACAAAUAAAACUUAAAUUUAAGAUUAAAAUUCAAAUAACUUAAUAUAAAGUAAAAUUAAUCAAACAUCCAAAACAAACUUAAUUCAAAAUUAAAUUUAAGCUUAAAUUUCAAGCUCCUUUGUAAAUGAAAGAGUAUAGCUUAAUAAUGAUGAAUAAAAAAAUAUUUCUCAUAAUCAAAAAAAUACCUAAUAAAAGAUGGCUAAAUCCUUUUCUAUCUAGUAGCUAAUUAACUAAUAACACCUUAGUCAUUAUUAAAACAAUAUAAAUAAAUAAAAAUAAGGAGGAGCAUCUUUAUCUUAAUAAGUAGGUAAAAUUCCUCUUCCUCAAAAUAUCCAUUCUUAAUCUGUUUAAAAUACAGAAGGUUAGGAAACCUAUUCUCCAAGAAUAAAUACAAGUAGAUCUACAAAUGCGAAUAGAAACAACUUAACUGCAUAAAAAAUAUAAGAAAAAUAAAUGAGUCAUUAAUAAUCUUCUCAUUUAGCUACAGAAUCCCCUUAAUUAAAAAGAGAAGAUAGAAGCACAUCAAAUAGUAUAUUAAAAUCUCCUAACUAGGAAAACGAUUUCUAAUAAAAAUAGCCUAUGAACUCAACUUGUAUGCAAAAUAAUCAUGGAUAAUAACCUAAUAGUUACUAAAAUAAACAUUUAAUAUAAAUAAAUAGAGCAAAUGUAUAUUCAAGAAUAAAAAACUAAAUUUAGCAAUAGUAAUAGUAAUACUCUGAAUAAAAUAAUUAUGAAAUCACAGACAUUUGA